CCAGAGCACUGAGAGAUAUUAGGUAUUGAUGUAACUGGAGUGAAUAAGGAAACCUUCUUCCUGAUCAGACAUUGGAGCCUGUUAUCAGCAUGAACUCAUAUGUGUUAGACAAACACCUCAAUAGUUCAUAUCCAUCCUUCACUACAGGAAGCAUCAGAAUGAUACCGCAAACUCCAGUAGUCUUAGACACCAAUGACUAUUCACAAACAUUGGGGAUAUCACAGCAGAUAUUUAAAGAAGAUGGUGAAUUUGCAGGAACUGGGCAGCAAUCAUUAUGUACAGAGAGUCAUUUAGUCAUCAAACAAGAGGACAACAUUUAUGCCUUAUCUAGUGAAAUGAUUAUCCCCCAGGAUAAACCACACAUAUUUACUGAGUUUUCAAAACAUAAUAAAAAAGGGAAAAGUCUACAGUCUAGCCAAAUGAUUCAAAUAAAGGAGAAACCUUUCAAAUCUACAGAAUGUGAGAAAAGCUUUAGAUGGAAGUCUCAUCUACUAGAACCCCACAAAAUUCACACAGGUGAGAAACCACACUCAUGUACUGAGUGCGGCAAAUAUUUUACACAAAUGAAUCAUCUGAAAACUCAUGAAAGAAGUCACACAGGAGAAAUGUCUUUCACAUGUACAGAGUGUGGGAAAUGUUUUAUAGAAAAGAGUAAUCUGAAAACUCAUAAAAAGAUUCACGCAGGGGUGAAGCCGUUCACAUGCACAUACUGUGGAAAAGGAUUUACACUAAAGUGUAAUCUGAAAACUCAUGAAAGGAUUCACACAGGAGAAAAGCCUUUCACAUGUACAGAGUGUGGAGAAAGUUUUACACGAAUGGAUUGUCUGAAAACUCAUGAAAAGAUUCACACAGGAGAAAAGCCUUUCACAUGUACAGAGUGUGGAAAAAGUUUUACACAAAUGCAUUGUCUGAAAACUCAUGAAAGGAUUCACACAGGAGAAAAGCCUUUCACAUGUACAGAGUGUGGAAAAAGUUUUACACAAAUGAGUCAUCUGAAAACUCAUGAAAAGAAUCACACAGGAGAAAAGCCUUUCACAUGUAUAGCGUGUGGGAAACGUUUUACAGAAAAGAGUCAUCUGAAAAAUCAUGAAUGGAUUCACACAGGGGGAAAGCCUUUCCCAUGUACAGAGUGUGGAAAAAGUUUUACACGAAUAAGUAGUCUAAAAACUCAUGAAAGGAGUCACACAGGGGAAAAGCCUUUCACUUGUACAGAGUGUGGAAAAAGUUUUAUACGAAUGGGUCAUCUGAAAACUCAUGAAAUGAUUCACACAGGAGAAAAAUCUUUCACAUGUACAGAGUGUGGAAAAUGUUUUACACUAAAGAGUUAUCUGAAAAGUCAUGAAAGGAUUCACACAGGAGAAAAAUCUUUCACAUGUACAGAGUGUGGAAAAAGUUUUACACAUAUAAUUAGUCUGAAAACUCAUGAAAUGAUUCACACAGGGGAAAAGCCUUUCACGUGUACAGCGUGUGGAAAAAGUUUUAAACAAAUGAGUAGUCUGAAAACUCAUGAAAUGAUUCACACAGGGGAAAAGCCUUUCACAUGUACAGAGUGUGGAAAAAGUUUUAAACAAAUGAGUAGUCUGAAAACUCAUAAAAUGAUUCACACAGGGGAAAAGCCUUUCACAUGUACAGAAUGUGGAAAAAGCUUUACACAAAUGAGUCAUCUAAAAUAUCAUGAAAUGAGCCACACAGGGGGAAAGCCUUUCACAUGUACAGAGUGUGGAAAAAGUUUUACAGAAAAGAGUAAUCUGAAAAGUCAUGAAAGGAUUCAUACAGGAGAAAAGCCUUUCAAAUGUACAGAGUGUGGAAAACGUUUUACAGAAAAGAGUAAUCUGAUAAGUCAUGAAAGGAUUCACACAGGAGAAAAGCCUUUCACAUGUACAGAGUGUGGAAAAAGUUUUACACAAAUAAGUAAUCUGAAAAAGCAUGAAAGUAUUCACAAGGGAAGAAACCUUUAACAUGUUUAGAAAAUAGGGUUGUUACCUUUUUGCACAGCCGAUUCCCGACACUUUGCAAAUGGGUGUGGUUGAGGAUGUGGUUAGGGGUGUGGCCUCACAUGACCUUAAAGAUACAUUCCAGCCAAAAUUGUAAUCCACGUGUAUGCAUUUCAGUUUUGGGUAGAAGCAUUUUUGUAAUAUACAUGUAUUAGAAAAAAUGCUUCUAAUAAGUUAUAGUUGUUUCAAAAGUGUAUUUAAGUAUGUCCCGUGCACCAGUAUUUUAAACACAGCCUAAGGUGCUUUUACCAAUGACUCAAUUUGUUCAUUGCUGACAUGAUACAAGACCCACUGGUGCUAUGAGUAGCUGUAGUGUUUAAAAUGCUGGUGCACUGAGAGUAUCUAGCUAUGCUACACAUGCACGUGCAGAGAAAAAUAUUAUCACUAAAAUAGUGAUAACUUUUACUAGAAACAUUUUUGCCAAUAUGUGAUUAUUGCAAAUAUGUUUCUAUCCAAAGAUGUAAUUCAUCUGUGUAUUUAAAUUUUGAUCAGAGUGUCUCUUUAAUAAAAUAUAUUUUACCAUU